AUGGCACAUACAGAACAGGAUGGCGGCGCUUUGGAAAAGGAGAAACUGUACGUGGAGCUGAAGCACAUUUUGGCACGGCAGCCUGGCCCUGAAGCUGCAGAACAGCUGCAGAUCUACCGGCACACCCUGCGGGAGAAGACCAAGCAGCUGAAGGUUUUGUCAUCAGAGCUGAACAUGUAUGAAUCACAGAGCCAAGAAUAUAAGUAUGAGAUUGAGAAACUCAGCAAUGAACUGAUGGACGUAAAGAAGAAAUACCUGGCUCAGAAACGCAAGGAACUUGCUCAGAAGGACAAAGACAAGAUCCCCACAGACAACACCAUCCUGGCUGCCAAGCCCAGUGGCCCUCGCUUCGUUGGGGGCGGCUUUCCCCUCACCAAGAUGCCCAAGCUGAAGUCCUAAUGUGACGCUGCUGCCUGGGUCCAGCUGAACAGCUCACAGAAGGAAAAGUACUCCGCAACACUCUUGAGGGAGCUCCUUUACAACCCUCGGAUCAGGAAUAUCUAGCUAAAUCAGGUGCCCAGAUUCCAGGAUGGAAAGAAAGGCUGAGCUAACACGGUCAUCUACACACAAGAGGGAUACCUUUUACCUGGACCAACACAUUAGAAUUAUAAUUCUGUCUAUCCAAUUUGGCUGUUCCUGAAGGAAACAGAUUCUUUGUUACAACCACAGCAGCCAAUUUGAAAUGCACCAGAUGUAGAUGCUCCACAUGGAUGAAGCUUUGAAUCCUAAUUUCUCUAUUAAAGA